AUGAUUAGUCAAGAUUUAUUAAACACAGACAGUAUUGAUGAAAGGGACCUAAUAACAGAAGAAGGUCCAAAUGAUAAGGAUGAACAUAGUUGGCAUAGAGUCAAACAACAGCUGGAGCAAGAAUUGGUUCCAGCGAACACUAUUAUUAAUAGGUUUAUAUUUAAAAAAAGAUUAAAUUUUUAUAUUAAAAAUAAUAUUUAA